AUGGCUGCCCAAUCACCAUGUGGAUGGUCAUGGAACUCACCGACCCACGCCACCGCCACAGUUAAAUGCUCUUCUGACUCCUCGAGUCUCUCUUCCUUCCACUCAGCUCCACAAAAACGACCUCGUUUCACGGCUUCUUCUUCUUCUCCUUCUUCUAGUAGCUCUAAAUCUACCGCCAAGCAGGGACUGAGAAAGCCCCCGAAAUUGGAUAGUGCGAGUCCGAAUCCAAGCAAAUUAGCCAGUAACUUCUCGGUUGUGAAAGAGGUGGAAGCGAUCAUGGACCCAGCAGCCUUUACUGUUGUUCGGUUUGCUGUGUCGGCCAUUCCAUUCAUCCCAUUUGUGUUCCGAGCACGAGGUGAUAUUCAUACCCGUAAUGCAGGGAUUGAGUUGGGUUUCUGGGUCAGUCUAGGGUAUCUCAUGCAGGCUCUUGGAUUGCUAACAUCAGAUGCCGGUCGCGCAUCAUUUAUAUCCAUGUUCACUGUAGUUAUAGUUCCAUUGCUUGAUGGUAUGUUAGGAGCAAUAGUCCCCGCUCGUACCUGGUUCGGAGCUCUCAUGUCUAUCAUAGGAGUUGCAAUGCUGGAAUCCAGCGGAUCUCCACCCAGUGUUGGAGAUUUGUUGAACUUCUUAAGCGCCGUGUUUUUUGGUGUCCAUAUGUUAAGAACUGAACACAUUUCAAGAAAUACGAAAAGAGAAAAUUUCUUACCUCUGCUCGGUUAUGAGGUAUGCGUUGUUGCUAUCAUGUCAACAAUGUGGUACUGCGUUGGAUCAGGGUCCGGGGGCCUCCAAGAUUGUAACCCAUCAUUGUGGACGUGGAAGAUAUUCUGGGAGUGGAUGGUAGUGUUUCCAUGGAUACCUGCACUGUACUCGGGCAUAUUCUCGACUGGUCUAUGCUUAUGGGUAGAGAUGGCCGCAAUGCGUGAUGUAUCAGCCACAGAAACAGCAAUAAUUUAUGGCUUGGAGCCAGUCUGGGGUGCUGGUUUUGCUUGGUUUCUCCUUGGGGAAAGGUGGGGCACUACUGGUUGGAUUGGGGCUGCACUGGUGCUAGGUGGAAGCUUAACAGUACAGAUCUUUGGAUCGACAUCUCCUGCAAAGUCUUACAAAGAGGGAAAGGACAGUAAGAAACUCGAUUACCCUGUGGUUUCAGAUAAACACAAUCGCCUUUCUGCCUCUCCAGUUACUGUCAGUUCCAGAAAGGAUAUUCCUGAUAUGCUAAAUAAGUGA